AUGGAACCCAAUUCAGAUGAAAUAGUUGUUAUUCAGUUCUAUGAUACGCUAACAGGAAAAAACUCACAGUCGUUCCAGGUACCCGUUAAAAUACGCCGCUCUCAGCUGUUAGAACUGCUUGAUCGCAAGAGUACGCUGUAUUACAGCGGACACAUCAUCACACACGAUCUUAUGUCUGUCCUACCGAAGAAUUUUAACAGAGAAGAAACGAUAAUUAUCAAAACCUCGGACGAAGAUGAGCAAAAAGCUGCUAUUUAUUGCAGCAGCUCGUUUUCUGGGCACGAAAGCGCUGUUUUAGCAGCUUUGUGCGAUGGGAAUGAUGUCUACACGGUGGGUGGCGAUGCUACGAUAAGAAAAUGGGAUUUUGACAUGAAGUUGCAGAAAAAAAUUAGCAAGGAUCACACGCACUGGAUACAGGUCGUCAAAAUACUGGGCAACAUGGUGUUUACCGGUGGUAUGGACUCACAGAUUUGCGUCUACGACCGGGAUUUGAACCUUCUGUGUACGAUCACAGGACAUAGCAAAGGAAUCACAGGAAUCGAUGAAAUUGAGGAGAUGAUUGUUACAAGCUCACGCGAUAAGACCGUUAGAUUCUGGAAGAGGGAAGAAAGCAGCGAUAGGACAGACUAUAAAUGCGUGUACACAUACGCACACGAUGAUAUAGUGAACGGCAUUUGUGUCCAUGGUUCCCGUGUUUACUCGUAUUCAAAGGACUGCAGCGUAAAGAUCUACGAGAAAACGACAUACAUUUCGGAAAUGAAAGCAAAUUCGUCCAUCAAUACGCUUAAGCUGCACGAAAACGAUGUGUACAUGGGAUGUGAAGACGGGUCUGUAUACAAGAACAGCACGGUUAUUGUCAGGCAGAACAACCUCAUAAGCAGCAUAGAUGUCUCUCAGAACGGUAUUUAUUUCGUAACAGGAUCGUUCAGCAAAAAAGUGUGCAUUUACACCACCGAUGGUGAUCUGGUCGCAGAGUACAUGCACUUUGAUAGCGUUUACAAGGUGAGAAUGGUGAGUUACAUGGUGUACAGCUCUGGUAAGGACAAGACUAUCAAAAUAUUUUCGCUUAAAACGAAAAAAGUGGUGUCUACAUUAAUUUGCAAGGAUGAGGUGUACGACUUUGAUCUCUGCGGAGAAAAAGUGGUGGCUGCGUGCAAGGAUAGCAAGGUGUACUUUUUUGAAUAAAUUAACAUUUUGAGGUA